UUGGAAUGUUCAACGACUAGUCCUCUCACCUAUGACUUUCUUUGAAAUUGUGAACUUGUUGACUACAGAGCAUUCAGCUGCUUCGUUUUGAAUCCAUCAGCACACGACGAGUCAUGGACACCAUAUUCUCUCUGAUAGCGUUACUCAGUUUUAUCUCGCUUACUUCCGCUAGUAAUGGGAGCAGAUGGAUUAAGAAUACAAGUGCUAGUACUAGUCAUAUAGAGUUCGAAGGGAACGAAACAGAAAAAGGAUUCGAUUAUUUUGUGUUAGCUUUGGAGUGGCCUGGCACCAUUUGCAGAAACACCCACCAUUGUUGCUCUACCAACGCUUGUUGCCACGGAAUCUCAAGCUCCUUGCAUUUCACCAUUCAUGGUUUAUGGCCUGAUUACAAUGACGGGACUUGGCCUCAGUGUUGCAGCGGAGCAAGAUUCAAUGAAAAAAAGAUUUUCAGUCUGCUUGGAGAACUUGAAAGGGACUGGCCAUCCCUAAGCUGUAGCUCUCCAACUAAUUGUCAUGGAGGUAGAGGAUCUCUCUGGGCACAUGAGUGGGAGAAGCAUGGAACCUGUUCAUACCCGGUGAUUAAAGAUGAAUAUAGUUAUUUUUCUACAACUCUUCAAAUUUAUUCGAAGUACAAUAUCUUGGAUAUAUUAAAUGCAGCUGGCAUUAGUCCUGCCAAUGAUAAAGAAUAUCUAACUUGCGAUUUAGUUACUGCAAUUAGUAAAGCUGUAGGAGCAACACCUUCUGUUGUCUGUUCCCAUGGUCAGCUUGAGGAACUACGACUUUGCUUUUACAAGGAUUUCAAGCCACGAGAUUGCAUCUCAACGUACACAGGGCAGAAUGAGCAAUCUUGCCCUCAGCAUGUUAUGAUACCACAGUAUGUCCCAUCUGAUAUUGCAUCUAUUUGAUUCCAAGAGAGGAAAUGUUCCAUCAAAUGAAGCAUCUGAAGAGUUUAUUAACUGCAAUUCUAUAGGUUAUCUUUAUUCAUAUCAUAAGUUUUUACUACAAUAUUAUUCAUGGAUAUUGUAGUCUAAUUAAAAACCUACCUCUCAUACUUUUUUAUGGAUGUUAGAGUAAGUUUGAUUUAAGCAUACUACCUCGUUGGCAAUCAUGAAUUUUUCCAUGGCCUGUAACAUUGUACCUUGAGAAAAGUGAUGGCACAUAUUUAAAUAAUUUCAUGAUACCCAGUUGAAUAUUUACACAACGAGUUGGUUAUAAAGACAUGGCUUUCUGUAAAUUUCAUGAUACCCAGUUGAAUAUUUACACAACGAGUUGGUUAUAAAAACAUGGCUUUGAUUUGGAGA